AUGUCGAGCUGCUCCGAGAUUGAAAAUGGCGAUUUCAGCCCUGAACGGGCAGACAGGGCCUCCAAACGAAGGAAAUUGGGGGACGGAAAUUGGGGUAAUGAGACGAUUGGGUUCAAAACUCUUUCUCGCGAAGACUACACGGUAGGAUGGAUAUCAGCAUUGUCGCUGGAGCUAGCGGCCGCCGAGGCAAUGCUCGACGAGACUCACGGUGAUGCUGGCAAAUUGGAGACGGACAAUAACACAUAUAUUUUUGGCACUAUGGCAGGCCACAACUGUGUGAUUGCAUGCCUGCCCGCUGGAGAAUACGGACAUAUACCUGCGACUAUUGUGGCAAGUCAGAUGCGAUCGAGCUUCCCUUCCGUCAGGUUCUGGCUCUUAGUCGGAGUCGGUGGAGGCGCGCCAACUGAGAAGGCCGACAUUCGACUUGGGGACGUUGUCGUCAGUACGCCGAUCAAACAGAGCCCUGGAGUGAUCCAGUAUGACUACGGAAAGACGGUUGGGGACGGCAUAUUCGAACGUAUGGGGGUCUUGGACAAGCCUCCUCCACUGCUCCUGACCGCCGUCUCCAAGCUUCAGGCGCAACAUCGGACUGAGGCGGGCUCCCGCAUACUCGCGUUAAUUGAUGAGAUGACGAGCAAGCAUCCGGAGAUGAGACUGCGGUACGGGCCUCGAGAUUCCGGAAGCGACGUAUUGUUUGAGGCGGAUUACGACCACGAGGAGGGAGACAGUUGUCAUAAUUGUGACCGAAGUUUCGCAGUGACGAGACCUGCGAGACAAGCAUGUGCGCCGGUUGUUCAUUACGGCACGAUUGGCUCAGCAAAUCAAGUUAUGAGGCAUGCAACUGUCAGGGAUCGAUUUGCGAGAUACCUAGGAAUUCUUUGCUUUGAGAUGGAAGCAGCUGGGCUUGUUGACAACUUUCCGUGUUUAACAAUUAGGGGCAUUUGCGAUUAUGCGGAUUCGCAUAAAAACAAAGAGUGGCAAGAAUUUGCAGCGGCGACGGCAGCUGCCUAUGCCAAAGAAUUGCUGGGCGUCAUUCCACCAACAUCUCUGUCCGAGUCACAGACGCAUCGACUGCCGACAUCUGCUCUCGAGCAUCGGCGACUGUGCCUGGAGGCAUUAGACUUUGACCGCCGAGAAGAACGUGGGUUCGCAAUCAAAAAGGCCUUUUCAGAAACGUGCAAGUGGCUGCUCGACCAGCCUGAGUACCAGAAAUGGUUGGAUAGCGGAUUGUCCCACGAGCACAAUGGAUUUCUGUGGAUCAAGGGCAACCCCGGAACGGGGAAAUCAACCUUGAUGAAGUUUGCAUUCGAAAAUACAAAGCAAAAAACGUCGGCUUCAGGCGCCAUUGUCAUCUCGUUCUUUUUCAAUGCACGAGGAGACGAACUGGAAAAGUCUGCCACUGGCAUGUAUAGGUCUCUUCUCUUUCAGUUAUUCAAUCUGUUACCUCGGCUUCGAAACAUAUUGGACUCGGAGGUAACGCAGUCGAUGCUAAACUCAGGAAGCUGGAGCCUUGAGCGCCUGCAAGAUGUCUUUCGUCUUGUUAUUCGGAACUUGGAAGGGCAACCUCUUAUAUGUUUCAUCGAUGCUCUGGAUGAGUGCGACGAAAGUGAGGUCCGAGACAUGGUCGACUACUUUGGCGAGCUUGGCGAGCUCGCAGCUUCCAGUCUGAUACCCCUUCAUGUCUGUCUCUCCAGUCGCCACUACCCCCAUGUUACCUUCGACAAGGGACUUGAGAUGAUCCUGGAAGGGCAGGACGGACAUGGAAAAGACAUCUCACACUAUUUGGAUCUCAAACUAGCGAGCAUUAAACACAAAGAGAUUCCAGAAGUCAAGGCGGAGAUCAUUGAAAAGGCGUCGGGAAUCUUUUUGUGGGUUGUGCUGGUUGUCGAUAUACUGAAGAGGGCAUAUGAUCAGGGUCGGAUGAGCGCCUUACGGAAAAGAUUGCGAGAAAUCCCACCGAGGCUCAAGGAACUGUUCAAAGACAUCCUGACACGAGACACACAGAAUAUGCAAGACCUUCUUCUUUGCCUACAAUGGACUCUUUACGCGAACAGGCCCCUUAGUCCGCAUGAGCUCUUUUAUGCGGUUCAGUCGCAUAAUGAGAAUGAGCUGGACCCAAUGGAACUUCUGGAGAAUGACGAUUCCGUCUCUCGGUUUAUCCUCAGCUCCUCCAAAGGCUUGAUAGAAGUGACCAAGUCAAGGAAAAAGACUGUUCAGUUCAUCCACGAAUCGGUCCGCGAUUUCUUACUCAAAGAAGGAGGCUUGGACGAGCUCUGGCGGGACGUGCAUGGUGGCAGAAUGGUGCCAGGUCACGAAGACCUUAAAGUCUGCUGCUGGAACUACCUGACGCAAGCAUACAUCUUCAGGGGAAGUAUAUUGCCCAACGAUCUUCCUCACGCCAAAUCAGCAGCGGCAGCAGCCCUCCGGGAGAAAACGUCAAAGAGCCUCCCAUUCCUGGAUUACGCUGUUAACAACGUUCUGCAACAUGCAGAGGCUGCAGAGCAGGCUGGCGUUUCUCAGACAGAUUUCCUUUUCCCUUUCGCUACUUACCAGUGGACAUACAUGUAUAACCUGUUUGAAAAGCACCAAAAUCGGAGAUACGCCAAAUCGACGAGACUCAUAUACAUCUUGGCCGAAAGGAAUCUCAGCCAUUUGCUCAAGUCGGCGCUUGAGGCCAAAUCACUCCAUGGCAUUUUCAAUAAUUGCGUGUGCCACUACUGUGGAAGUUGUCAACAUUCGGAUGGCGAUAAUCCACAUCGCUGGGCCUCUCCAUUCCUCGCCGCGUGUAUUCCAUAUGCCAACCAAAGGGAGGAUCUGGCCGAUCUAAUCUCGCGCCUGCCCGAAUUGAAGGUGCCGAGAAAUCUUACAAUCUUCGAACAUGCAAUGAUGACUCGAGACCUUCCGCUUCAGAGGCUUAUUUGCUCAACUGGCCGAGCUGAUUUCUCAAUAGAUACAGUUGGACGCAAAACCCCUUUAAUGCGUGCUGUCGAAAACAGGAAUCGUUCCCUGCUUGUAGCUGUCUUGAAAUUGGGUGCUAACCCAAAUGAACGAUGUGACCUCGCUGUGAAUAGUCCUCUAGGUGGUGCCGUCAAAUUGAAGAGAGCCGACAUGGUACGGCUGCUCCUGGAGCACGGAGCAGACCCUAACAUGGUUCGACCUAACCCUCGUCCUCCUCUCUGCGAGGCGGUCAUGGCAGGAUCGUACGCUAUAGCGCAACAGCUCCUCUCGGCCGGGGCCAAUACCGAGUUGGCCGAUCGCGGUAGCGGUAUGACAGCCCUCCAUCUGGCCGCUUCUUUGGGACGGAUUCAAUUCGUGCGAUUGCUGCUUCGAGAGGGGGCCAAUAUCAACUCUCAAGAUAGAUACAGAGGGACUCCUCUACAUUGCGCCCAAACCCUUGAGAUCUGCGAGUUCUUGAUAGAUAGAGGCGCAGACCCCAAUAUAAGGGACAAGGAGGGAAGAACACCAAUAUUCUCUCAUGACUACGCAAAAGUACAAUUACUCCUCCGCAGAGGAGCUAAUGUCAAUAUCAAGGACAACAACGGUCACACGCCUCUCAUGUGGCUCGUUCACGAGCACGAACUACUGAUUGGGGCGCAUUCUGAGCCAGAGGUUAUUCAGCUUCUGCGCGAUAACGGAGCUAAUCCAGAUGAAUGUGGUAAUCUGGCAGGGUGA